GCACAUCGUUUCUUUGCUCUCUUACUCUCUUGUCAUUUUCUCCACGAAUCCAGAAACUACUCCUAAACAAUAUCAUAUAAAUUUCACUUCAACUUCCUUCUUUUGGUUACCAGGGCUCUCUGUUUAUUCAAUCCCUCGCAGUCCACGUCUAUCCAGCUCUCAGGGAGAGAGAAAAGUCGCUUCACCUUUCCGUGAGACCCAUUUUAUACCUUCAAGUUGGUUUUACUAUCCCCCUUGCUCUCGAUCGUACCUCUGACCCUCCUCUCUCACAAAGCUGUAUCAUCUCCUGCUAUCUGUCUAGUACCUGCCUCCUUUUAAUAUUUCCAUUCCGACUCCUAGAAGGUCUACAGUCGACCCUCAUUCAUCGCUCUCUACCACGCACCCGACAACUCAAAUCAUGUCCACCGCUCCUCCCGCCAACCCUCGUGCUUCCCUCCUCAGCGGUCUCCGCACCGGCGGUGUUCGCUCCACUUCCAUGAAUGUCCCCCACACCGCCUCCGUUACAGGCUCCUUCAACGUGCCUCGUUUCUCCUCGUCCAACUACCAGUACUCCCCCUUCACGGAGGAAGAGGAGAUGGACCAGGUCGGAGAUAUCCUCUCCCAGAACAUGCAGAACAUGUAUAUCAACAGCAACUCGUACAAUUCCAGACCCAUGACUGCCGCCGUCGACGGUCCCAACAACAGGUUCGCUCAGCAACAGCAUCAACAGCAGCAGCAGCAGCAGCAUUACCAGGGCAGCCAGCGCCCUCUCAACCCGAACAGCGUCCCGUUCAACCCCUCGUUCUCUAGCAACACUCGGCCCUCUGCUGCUGACGUUCAGGCCCAAGCCUAUCAGCAGCAGAUGCAGCAGAUGCAGUUGGAGAUCAUGAGGUUGCAGUCUGCUCAGGCCGAAGCCCAGCGUAACCAGGCGGCCAUGAUGGCUGAACAGCUUCUCCGUCAACAGAUGAACAUGGAAAUGAACAACAUCCAGGCCAACCAAAACCGUCGCAGCAGCGCCUCCUUCAACCCCCCUGCCACCGCUGGUCCUCUUAACACCGCAUUUGACCUCCGUAACAUCGCAAACAAUGCUCAAACGCGCCGUGCCAGUCAGGCGGACAUGCUGAAGCUCCAACUUGGCCUUAGCAGUUCUCCACCUCCGCCCGUCUAUGAGGAUCCGGUUCCCAUGACUGCUGCUCUCAAUGGCAAGUUCGGUGGCCGCCAAUCCUCUGCAGGAUUCGAUUUUCCUCGUGAGGAUUUCGAGCCGUUCCCUCAGAGCUCCUCUCCUCCGAGGCAGAUCAAUGCGCUCAGCGGUGGCACCACCGUGGGCAAUGGCAACAGCAACCCUAACAGCAUUGCGCCUUCCAAGUCGGAUGCCGCAGCUUCCUGGCGUCGUGGCCCAUCCCCUCCUGGCCGCUCCAUGUCCAUGAACGGGACACCGAGCUUGAGGAUCACACCCCCUCCCAACGACCCUGUUUCCCCUCCGGGUCUUCCGAGUGCGAGUGGCAGGACCCGGCCUCGCCCGCUCAGUUUUGCUGCUGCGGCUCCUAUCCAGGACAUCCCAGUCAUUGUCACCAUCGAUACGGACGAGGAGACGUCGUCGACCUCGAGCUCGCAGUCGAACCCGACUACUCCCAACUCGAACUCGUCGCUCGAUGCUCCUCCGCUCUCGCCGCGCGAAGAGGUGUCCAAGAAGCUGUACGAAGGCCUCGGCCUCGGCCGCGCUGGUCUGCCUUCGACGCACACCAUCAAUGUGCCUUCGAUGGUCAGCGCCACCGUUAACCAGAGGCUGGCGCUGAGCGGCCAGCCCGUCAGGCAGCCCCGCGGCCCACCCUCGGGUACGGACGAACUCGGCCCGAAGAACUUUGCAACGCGCAUUCGCAGGAAGGCGAUCGGUGGUCUGGGCGUGCUCAUGGGCGCUCGCGAGCGCCGCGGGUCCCUGGUGGAAGCCCAGUAGAUGCACGUCCGCCCGCUUCGCCCCAAUCGUCUGUUAAGAUAUGAUCCUGCGUUUGCUUUCUUGUUCUUUUCCCCUGUUUCUGUCUGUCUUGACUUGGCCGUUCGCAACGUCGGAAAACGGACACCUCAGUGCUAGCAUUUCCAUCAGUUUCUUCGACCUGCUUCGUCGGAAUCUGCGUAUCGUACCAUGCAUGCCCUCUUCACACACCUUCCUUUGUGUCCCAUCCUGUUCUUGGUCUUGUGUUGACUUGUCUGCGUAUAUCUGCUGCUCGUGUUUUGUCGGAACGUUUUUGCUUGAGGAACGUAGCACAAACACAUCAUCCCAUCGUCACGUAUAAAUAUGUAUAUCUCGCCUGCUUUGGUAAAAAUCCUUACCUGCUACUCAACUUGUCUCUUUCUCCUCCGUCUUCCCCCCCUUACCUCAUCACACAUUUGCGCGACGUACGGCUACCUUUCCCUUUUCCUUCUUCGCCUAGUGUGUUUUGGGGCUGUGAAGCUGGACGGAUGGUGUAGCAGCGGCAGUCGUAGUUAGUAGUAGUGUAGACGGACAUCAGGCGAGCGAGAGGAAGCAGUGCUUCCUAAUUGCUCUGGUUGGGCUUGUCCCACUGGCUUGUAACUACUGUAUCGAAGUUCUUAUGCUCCUGAAAAAUGAAAGAAGCUUUGAAAACG